GCGCCCGCCGGGGCGCCGCCCGGCACCAUGGUGCAGAAGUCGCGCAACGGCGGCGUGUACCCCGGCCCGAGCGGGGAGAAGAAGCUCAAGGUGGGCUUCGUGGGGUUGGACCCCGGAGCGCCCGACUCCACCCGGGACGGCGCCCUGCUCAUCGCCGGCUCCGAGGCCCCCAAGCGCGGCAGCAUCCUGAGCAAACCGCGCGCGGGAGGCGCGGGCUCCGGGAAGCCCCCCAAGCGCAACGCCUUCUACCGCAAGCUGCAGAAUUUCCUGUACAAUGUGCUAGAGCGGCCGCGCGGCUGGGCGUUCAUCUACCACGCCUACGUGUUCCUGCUGGUCUUCUCCUGCCUCGUGCUGUCGGUCUUCUCCACCAUCAAGGAGUACGAGAAGAGCUCGGAGGGAGCGCUCUACAUCUUGGAAAUCGUGACCAUUGUGGUGUUCGGUGUGGAGUACUUUGUGCGGAUCUGGGCGGCAGGCUGCUGCUGUCGGUACCGUGGCUGGCGGGGGCGGCUCAAGUUUGCCCGGAAGCCCUUCUGUGUGAUAGACAUCAUGGUGCUCAUUGCCUCCAUCGCCGUGCUGGCCGCUGGCUCCCAGGGCAACGUCUUCGCCACGUCGGCGCUCCGGAGCCUGCGGUUCCUACAGAUCCUGCGCAUGAUCCGCAUGGACCGGCGUGGUGGCACCUGGAAGCUGCUGGGCUCCGUGGUCUAUGCCCACAGCAAGGAGCUGGUGACUGCCUGGUACAUCGGUUUCCUGUGCCUCAUUCUGGCCUCCUUCCUGGUGUACUUGGCUGAGAAGGGGGAGAAUGACCACUUUGACACCUAUGCUGAUGCCCUCUGGUGGGGCCUGAUCACCCUGACGACCAUUGGUUACGGGGACAAGUACCCCCAGACCUGGAACGGCAGGCUCCUGGCCGCAACGUUCACUCUCAUUGGUGUCUCCUUCUUUGCUCUUCCCGCGGGCAUUUUGGGGUCUGGCUUUGCUCUGAAAGUUCAAGAGCAACAUCGGCAGAAGCACUUUGAGAAGAGACGGAACCCCGCGGCGGGCCUGAUCCAGUCGGCCUGGAGGUUCUAUGCCACCAAUCUGUCCCGCACGGACCUGCACUCCACGUGGCAGUAUUAUGAGCGCACCGUGACCGUGCCCAUGUACAGACUGAUCCCACCCCUGAACCAGCUGGAGCUGCUGCGGAACCUCAAGAGUAAAUCUGGGCUCACCUUCAGGAAGGAGCCUCAGCCGGAGCCCUCUCCAAGGCCGGCGGGAGACUUUAUGUGCAGCCCCCUCAGUGUCGUUGCUCAGAUCCAAGUGCUGCUGGUGGACGCUGAGCCCAGAGCCGCCCUGCGGGUGGGCCCGUGCGUCCUGUCCGCCAGGACUAACUGUGCUCUCCUCAUUUCCAGUAAAGGCAGACCGUGCAGAGAGUCCCUGUGUGGAUGCUGCCCUGGACACUCUAGUCAGAAGGUCAGUUUGAAAGACCGUGUCUUCUCCAGCCCCCGAGGCGUGGCUGCCAAGGGGAAGGGGUCCCCGCAGGCCCAGACCGUCCGGCGGUCACCCAGUGCCGACCAGAGUCUGGAGGACAGUCCGAGCAAGGUGCCCAAGAGCUGGAGCUUCGGGGACCGCAGCCGGGCACGGCAGGCCUUCCGGAUUAAGGGUGCCGCGUCCCGACAGAACUCAGAAGAAGCCAGUCUCCCUGGUGAGGACAUCGCAGAAGACAACAAAAGUUGCACCUGCGAGUUUGUGCCCGAAGACCUGACCCCGGGCCUCAAAGUCAGCAUCCGGGCUGUGUGUGUGAUGCGGUUCCUGGUGUCCAAGCGCAAGUUCAAAGAGAGCCUGCGGCCAUACGACGUGAUGGAUGUGAUUGAGCAGUACUCGGCUGGUCACCUGGACAUGCUGUCCCGCAUCAAAAACCUGCAGUCCAGAGUGGACCAGAUCGUGGGGCGGGGCCCAGCGAUCACCGACAAGGACCGCACCAAGGGCCCGGCUGAGGCAGAGCUGCCCGAGGACCCCAGCAUGAUGGGCCGGCUGGGGAAGGUGGAGAAGCAGGUCUUGUCCAUGGAGAAGAAGCUGGAUUUCCUGGUGAACAUCUAUAUGCAGCGCAUGGGCAUCCCCCCGACGGAGACGGAGGCCUACUUUGGGGCCAAGGAGCCAGAACCAGCGCCGCCAUACCACAGCCCCGAGGACAGCCGGGAGCAUGGAGACAGGAACGGCUGCAUCAUCAAGCUCAUCCGCUCUGCCAGUUCCGGGGGCCAGAAGAACUUCUCGGCGCCUCCGGCCGGGCCCCCAGCCCAGUGCCCACCCUCCACCUCAUGGCAACAGCAAUGCCACGCACGCCAGGGCCACGGCACCUCCCCCGUGGGGGACCACGGCUCGCUGGUGAGGAUCCCGCCCCCGCCCGCCCACGAGCGGUCGCUGUCGGCCUACAGCGGGGGCAAUAGGGCCAGCACGGAGUUCCCGAGGCACGAGGGCGCCCUGCGGGACAGUGACACGUCCAUCUCCAUCCCGUCUGUGGACCACGAGGAGCUGGAGCGUUCCUUCAGCGGCUUCAGCAUCUCCCAGUCCAAGGAGAACCUGGACGCGCUCAACAGCUGCUACGCGGCCGUGGCACCCUGCGCCAAAGUCAGACCCUACAUCGCGGAGGGCGAGUCGGACACGGACUCGGACCUCUGCACCCCGUGCGGGCCCCCGCCGCGCUCUGCCACUGGGGAGGGCCCUUUUGGCGACGUGGGCUGGGCCGGGCCCCGGAAAUGAGGCUGCCCGCCGGCCUCUCCCUGACUCUUGGCCUCUUCCAGGCUGGAGUCCCCUGGUGGUCACGGAUUCAACACAUUAACACAGGAGAGAAGGGGGCGGCAUCCUCUCUUCUGCCGGCCCCCACAUUUGGGGGGUACUCCGUACAGCAGGUGCCCCCCACCUAUGCUGUUUCUGGAUGGAAUCGGCCCUGAGACGUUUCUAGAUGCUUCUUGAAGCCCAGAGGUGUGGACGGCCCCUGGGAGGCCUCUGUAGAAAUGCUGAUGUUUGUAUCUAUUUCAUAUUCCCUGAAUUGUAAAUAAUGUACAGAGCGGAGGGUGCUCGUCCCUGAUGUCACGCUGCAAGACCAGAGUGACAACACAGCGUCCCACCCUCUGAUGUCACGAGCCCUUGAAAUAAACAUGGUGUGCAGAGGGACGGUCUGACAGCCCAUGGAGGGUUUGGGGGCAACCCAGCAGGGUGGCUGAGUCCCGAGCAGCCAGUGGGGCUCCGUGCCCCUGGUGCCCCCCCAGUGCUCACUGGCUCAGAAUCAGACGUGCCCUUCCCUGACCGAUGCCGUCCUGAGUGGUCCUCAGCUGCCUUCUGUGACCCCGGAGUGGAUCUUCAGGCCACCUGCUUGGAUGGACCGAUCCUGGGUGAGGGGCAGGAGGGCUGGGUGGGGCCCAGAAGUAAUGGGCUGCCUGCUUCUAGCACCCAGGGGAGGCUGUGUGCCGUCCCAGGCUCCGCUGGGCCCCUGCCAAGCACUAAGUAGGAGGGACAACCAGGGAGAGCUUCCUGAAGGAGGCGGUGUGGUUGGGACCGGGGGCUUGCUCCUCUCUUCUAUCCAAGAGACCCGGGAAAGCCAGCUGCCCAGGCCAGGACACUGGGUAGCCCCUGGAGCGUGUGCGAGUGGGGGCCAUGGUUCUCUGGAUAUGCCAUCUUGUGGGGGGUCGGGGCUGACAGCAGACCCCAGGAGGAGAUGUUGGAGGGAGAGCGGCUUUAGCAAACAGGGUAGAGAGAGCGAGGAAGACAUGCUCCCUGGCAGGUGAGACCCUCCGUCAACCGCUCAGAGGUAUCCGGGGUGUUGGAGGAGCUGGGUGGGCUUUUGGACAGAUGUGUGCGUGUCCCUGGCUGGCAGAGGACGCCAGGGAGACCCUGGGGAUCACCCAGGUCGGGUGCAGGGGGAGGGGGCCCUGAGGGGGGUGGCCUCAACCCCGGGCCCCCCACACCACACGCCCAACUCUGGCCGGGUUUCAUAAUGUCUUGCCUUAAUGCACGUUGACGGAAAUUCACCGAGGUCGCCCCAGGCCCCCGGCGUCUCCCGGCCCUGCACCGGACCCUGCCUCCUCCUGGUCCGCGGGACCAGCGCCAUGGACGGAUGCAGAGCAGGCAGCGGACCUGGAACUGGCCUUGCGCCCGCCGGGGCUCUAGGCGGGGCUCCAGGCGGCGCGUCCGCCGGGACCCUUCUCACCCCGUCCUGCGCCCACCCUUGCCGUUCGCCGCCCCGCGGACCCCGUCUGCGCUGUUGCCUUGGUCGUCUGCACUUUGUUCAUGCUCCAAAGAAUUCUUCAUGAUGCCUUCCGUACUGACGUACACUUCCAACCACGUGUAUGCGUCCUGCACCAUAGCCGCCGGGCCUUUCUGUUUUCGUGAAUGUGUUACCACCGCACACUUGACCCUCGACUCGCGCAUUGUCCGUUUUCUAGGGAUAGACGCCCAGGGAAUGAACUCUAGUUUUGUACGGACCAGCCGAGAUGAUAACUUGUUCAACUCACUGUCCGGUUCACACUUGUCCCCAAGAACAGGGCCCAGCCCGGGUUUGCCCAGCGACUUCAGGGGUGGAAUCUGGCAGCAGGGACGCAUGUGAAAAGUUCCGGAAAUUUCUACUGCCACGGGGACCUGUUUGGAAGCCCAGUGGACCUGUGCACUUAGUAAAACACAGUGAUUCAACCUG